CGUCGUCAUCUCAGCCGGGGGGGACCCUCUCAACUCUAAAACAGGACACAAGCCAAAUCCAAGCUCGCCCAGGUCCAACCUACUUUCGCCGUCUACCGUCAAAUAACUGACCAACACCAAAAAACAAACCUCUCCCUCUCACCUUUUUCCGUAGCCACUUCAGCACGCUCUUUAUAUCGUCGCAUCUCCGAGCUCUACCUCCCCGCCGCUCUUAUCUGAGCAGUCGGUUCAGCUCCCAGGCCUACCUAUCACCUCCCUUUCGCGAAGUCAACAUAAGGCACACAAAGCCAAAAUGGCCGCCGUCAACCCCUUUCGUGAUAUCAACAUCACCGCCGCGCCCACGCACUACAUCUUCAGAUCUCCCUCGUCGCCAAAUGCGCCAGCUCUCGUUGUCAACCGUCCCUCGGGGGACGUGAAGAUGGUCGACUCUCCUAUGAUGGGGGGAAAGCGGGUCACCAGCAUCGCCGGAAUCUUGGGAAUGAUCCGACUGCGUCUCGACAAGUACAUCAUUAUAAUCACGAAAGCCAAGCUCAUUGGCCGUAUUCGAGGUCACACCGUCUACAAGAUCGAGGCGACCGAGUUCUUGCCUAUGCAGGAGCGUGCACUACACGACCCUGAUGAGGACACCUACCUUGCACUGCUGCGUGCGCACCUCCGAACCGCACCAAUGUACUUUUCGUACUCGUUCGACUUGACGAAUACUUUCCAGCGACAAGUUGUGGCCAACCGCUCUCUUCCGCUGUGGCAACAGACGGAUGAGAGGUUUUUCUGGAAUAGGUACAUCCAGUCAGAUUUGAUUGAUCUGAGGAGUUCGCAACCAAAUGUCGAUCCUUACAUUCUCCCCGUCAUUUUCGGUUAUCUUAAGAUCUCAACUACUAAGAUCAAGAAUACCCCUCUUACCUUUGUGUUGAUCACACGUAAAUGUCGCCACCGCGCCGGAACCCGCUACCUCACUCGCGGAGUCGACGAGGCUGGCAAUGCUGCAAAUUUCAACGAGACGGAGCAGGUGGUGGUGAUUGGUGAUUCUUCCGGUGGCCUCGGGGGCUACGACCAGAGCACCAUCGGCGGAAACCGUGGAUCGGAAAGCGUGCAAGUUCUGAGUUACGUCCAGACCAGAGGAAGUGUGCCUGUUUAUUGGGCCGAGGUGAACAACCUGUCGUACACACCGAAAUUGCAGAUUCGCGGCGUGGAUACAGCUGCGAAAGCUGCGCGGGCACAUUUCGACGAGCAAAUUCGACUGUACGGGGACAACUACAUGGUCAACCUUGUCAAUCAGAAGGGCAGAGAGGAGCGAGUAAAGGCUGCCUACGAGCAGAUCGUAAAGAUCCUUGUUUCGGCGCCUGUAGAGUCGAAGCAAGCCUCGGAGAAUACGUUGGAGAGAUUCAGGGAGAUUGAGCCUACUACCAAAGAGCAGAAGAUGGAUCGCCUGCACUAUAUUUACUUCGACUUUCACCACGAGUGCCGAGGGCUGAGAUGGGACAGAGCGUUGUUGCUUCUGGACAGACUGGGAAGUGGACUCGUCGAACAAAAGUACUUUCACUCGGUUGACGGUGGUGCUACCAGCAAUGUUCAAUGCUAUCAGCAGAGCGUGGUGCGGACGAACUGCAUGGAUUGUCUCGACAGGACCAAUGUCAUCCAGAGCAUGCUGGCCAGAUAUACCCUGAACCGGCAGUUGGUUGAUAUCGGCGUUUUGGCGCCUGGAGAAACCGCGGAAGCGUAUACCAAUUUCGAAUUCAUGUUCAGAAACGCAUGGGCCGACAAUGCCGACGUCGUCAGUCGCGCCUACUCCGGCACAGGAGCUCUGAAAACCGACUUCACGCGUACCGGCAAGCGUACCAAAGCUGGAGCACUCGCCGAUCUCUCCAAUUCGAUAACCCGUUACUUCCGUAACAACUUCGCUGACGGACCGCGGCAAGAUGCCUACGACCUCUUCCUGGGCAACUACCUCCCUUCAACUAAUAAUAUCUCCUCAACACUCCUCUUCGUCGACCGUCGUCCGAUCGUGGUCCAAAGCAUUCCUUACAUCCUCUAUGCGGCGCUAUUUAUGGAAUUCGCAGCGUUCGUUCUUCCUCGCCAGGGCGAGGGCACCGGUGGCCAGAUCACCAUGCGCGUAUUCGCACUAUUCUGGCUCGCGGUUGCCGUCUGGGCCGUCAUGUUCUUGAAGGAGUACGGAAUGCUCUACGUCAGUUGGCCAAAACUGAAUGUCCCCGCGCAUGCGUCGGAGAGCUAUAACGAGGCGCUCAACCGUGCGAAGAAAGACGUGAUCGUUGGGAAGUGGAUAGGAUACACUUCCGCGGCCGGUCACCACAGCAGGGGGGAGAGCCUCGGCGGUGGAAACAUCAGGCUGAUGCAUCUGGAGGAGGGAAAGAAGAGGAUCGAGUAGACAUGGGGUGGCGUGGGAUGGGCGUUCGAAGGAUUUGUUGGGCUGUUCAGACCAACUGCUUGCGGUCAUUUUCUUCUUUGAUACUGGAUUGGAUAUUGGUUUAAUUGGCGACCGACAAAUGCUAGUGUUUUUUUCUUCCUUCCUUCUCUUUUUAUUUUUCUACCUGCGAGCUACAUAGAUUUUUUGUUGCCUGUCUGUUCCUUCCUUCCUUUCCUUUGCUUUCGCGUCGACUAUGUACCCUACACGUACACCUUACUCUUUACUAGUCUCUAUAUCCGAAUACAAAGCAUUCACUUAAUGGA